UGGGUCACUGGCAAUCUAUAAACGCAAUCUGGUAUGAAUUCAGCCAAUAGUUUUGCUGCUAGAGUGUUAACAAAGAAACCAACCAAACCAAAAACAAUACCCCUUGCCUGCCCUUUUGGGGGCGGGGUUAUAAAACAGUAUUACACCGUGUGACAUGAGCCUAUGUCACAUGUGUGACUGUCUUUCAUUGCAGAGAGGCCUCAGCUGAAAUCACAAGGUUUGAACUAACUUUGAGGAAACCAGCCCCUUCCUCAUCAUCAUUAUAAUCCCAUAGCAUCAAAAAAUUCUCAAUGCUUUCCUGUUCGUAUUAAAAUAUCAUGUUAAAUCCUGACCGUCAACUACUUCUACACAGAUUCAUGGUUAUUCAGCUAUAUGUAAUGGAAUUAAAUAAUCCUAAAAUCAAUGCAGCCAUGGUAGAUUGGAUCCAGAGUGCGUAAUUAGAGCCGGUGUUGAAGAAAUGUGUUGUCCUCAGGGCAAAACACAACACUGAGGACAAGAGAUGGAGCAGCUCACAUGAUUGUGCUGUGACUGUCUUCUGAGGCUAUGGGUGGAUGAAUAUGUGUGUUUUUGAACCAGUGAGAGAUCCUGCAUCUCACUGUUCCCAUUGUCCUCUGCAUAAGGCUGAGGAGAAGCACCCGUCCCAGGAGGUUUAGAGGACGAAAACUUCUGCUUGUGGAGCUUCAGCGAGUUACAGGAAAAUGGGAAGCUGAAAUGAGGUAUGGUUGGGGAUCGUUCAGUCGCUUUCUGCUGAUGACUUAGACACUAAGAGGACCAAAAAUAGUAUUAUCUCAAAACAUUCCCAGGCUGUGAAUGAGAUCUGUGGAGGCCGGACUCAGCCCUGUUUCCUGAAGAUCUAAAGACGCUCUUCUGCACUUCGAAGACCUCAAACUCAGCAUCUCCCUGGAUUACUUUUUCACACCGUGACCUCCCACCAUCUGCUGAUCCUUUUCUUAAUAGAUGGGUUCAGGUUUUAGGAAAUUCUGCCUGCAGUUCUGCUGCUGCUGCUGCGCCAGAGACGAGGACGACGAAGAUGAAAAGCAGCCUUUAGUGCCUCAAGAUCCAUUGGAGUAUUUCAACCGUGAAGUGCAGAAGCGUCGGGAUGAGGAGACCAACCUGUGGAGUACUCCAGGAGACCCCAGCCACUCAGAAAGAGAUGACGACCGGACCCUCUAUACCCUUAUCCAGGCCAGAAAUAAGACCCGCAUGGGAUCCACGGGCUAUCGCCGUCUGAGUGUCGACAUCGAAGCCAUGAGAGAUACACGUCGAGAAGUCAGAGACAAAUGGAAGACCAUCUUGGAGAACUUAGGUUUCAUGGCCGAGGCCGACUCGUUGCUGACAGUAUCAGCCGGUGCGUCACAUGACCGCAUGCGUAACGCUCCAGCAGCACGCGCCAUGCUGACAGCCCUCCACUCCGAGACAUCCAUCUUCAACAGCAAAGAGCCGCCACCGGAAAGAUACCUGUUCAUCCUGGAUCGUCUCAUUUAUCUAGAUAUAGCUGAGGAUUUUAUGGCAAAGGCCAGACGCUUCUACCCUCCGAGGGACGACUCUGAUGAGGAGAUGUCGCCCCUGGGCAUCAACCUGCCACUGCUUCUGGCCCGGGUAGAGGCCAUGAACGGAGGGGGCGAUGAGGACGACGACAGCGACGCCUCCGGAAACUUGAGUGACAGGUCCUAAGGUCGACCGGUUGCAGUGAUGGCAGAUGCGAGGCAGGGGGCAGUAGUCCUCAACCUUGAAGACUUGGAUGUCAGGAGCGUGUACCUUCAAGUCUCACCUUCAAGUUCUGCUGCUGUUUGUUGGAAGUUUUAGGCUGAACAUUUUCUCCUUUCUCCCCCUCAAAUGCACAGCUUCAAUUUUAUUGUCCUCUACUGGUCAAACUUCAAAAGGGCUUCGCUGAUUUUCAGUCCCAAAAGUGUGGAUCUGUGUCUUCUUUUUUUUUAGUUUUAUCAACUUCUUGGCCUGUUUAUUGUUGAGCUGUUUAUGAACCUUCAGGGUAGCGCUGUUCCUUUAACCGGAGCCUCUUUAUUUUCGUCCUAUGAUUAUCAGCACUCACUUCAUUCAAUCACAUGAUCGGUAAUAACACUGAAUAAAUAGCCCAGAUUUUUCUUAAAGUUUCACAAGAAUGCGUGUUUGUUUGUGUGUUUCAUGCUUUUAACUCUUUACAGUCUGCAUUUGGCUUCAGAAGAUGGGAAAGGAAACGGAAAUGCAGUGGUGUUAGGACGGCGUGUUGAAUGUUUAAAGGGUUGUUUAAAGGUUUCUGAACUCAUGUGGGCUGUUUGUGGAUGUGUUCUGGUGUCUGGUUCAUGAUGAAAUAAAGUUGCAGCCUAAAGCC